CAUAAACAUGGCGACGGGUGAGAGUGUUAUGGAGGUGGAUGCUGCCAAAAGUUCCAGUCAAGCUGCAGCUGCCAGCUAUAAAGCUUUACAUGCACCAUGGAUUGAAAAAUAUCGGCCUACAACGUUUCCUGAGAUUGUUGGAAAUGAAGAGACGGUUGCAAGACUGGAGGUGUUUGCUAAGCAGGGCAAUGUUCCCAACAUUAUUAUUGCAGGGCCUCCGGGCGUUGGCAAGACGACGACGAUUUUAUGCUUAGCUCGGGCUCUUCUGGGUAAUAGUUUUCGAGAAGCUGUGAUGGAAUUAAAUGCAUCGAAUGACCGUGGGAUUGAUGUUGUGCGAAAUAAGAUCAAGAUGUUUGCUCAGCAAAAAGUAACUCUUCCCAAAGGAAAGCAUAAAAUUAUUAUCCUAGAUGAAGCUGACAGUAUGACUGAUGGUGCACAACAAGCACUAAGAAGAACUAUGGAACUAUAUUCCAAUACAACUCGAUUUGCAUUAGCUUGCAACUCUUCAGAAAAAAUAAUUGAACCGAUCCAGUCACGAUGUGCUAUGCUGAGGUACUCCAAACUCACCGAUUCUCAGAUACUUGCUAAAAUUUUGGAAGUCUGCUCAAAAGAAGAUUUGAGCUACACAGAAGAUGGUCUUGAAGCAGUGGUCUUCACUUCACAAGGUGACAUGAGACAAGCACUUAACAACUUGCAGUCCACAGCACAAGGCUUUGGUCAUGUGUCUUCAGAUAAUGUAUUCAAGGUAUGUGAUGAACCUCACCCGAUUUUAAUCAAGGAGAUGAUUCAGCACUGUGUUAAAACAAACUUUGACGAGGCUUACAAGAUUUUAGCUCACCUCUGGAAGUUGGGUUACGCUUCUGAGGAUAUAAUUAGCAAUAUCUUCCGAGUCUGCAAGAACAUCAAUAUGGCAGAGUUUCUUAAGCUAGAAUUUAUCAAGGAAAUAGGCUACACUCAUCUGCGUAUAGUUCAGGGAACAUCGUCACUUCUCCAGUUGUCAGGACUUUUAGCCAGAUUGUGCUCCAAAUCUCUCGAACCUCUGAAAAUAUAAGACUUUCCAGUGAUAUACACAUGCAUCUGUAUUUUAGCUAACGUAAUUGUGUUCUUUUGGGUAAUACUUUGUAUGCAUUAAACUUCAGAUGAUUAUGUAAAAAAGAUACAUUUAAUAUACAUAUAGUACUGUAUUCAGAUGUAUACAGAAAAAUGCUGGAAGGAACUAAUAACCCCUUCUCCUGAAUAAAUUGCUGAAUUUAAAAAGAAAAACUUUCGUUUUUCUUUUUAGGUCACCCUGCCUCGGUGGUAUACGGCCGGUUUGUUAAAAAAAAAAAGAGAGAUAAAAACUGUGGAAGCUAACAUGAAAGGCUGUGUGUUAGUUUGCAUGUCUUUGAACCUAAGUUUUCUCUGCAUUUUUAGGUGAAAUAAAUUGGAAAUGCAGAAUAUUUUAUGGUACAUUGCAUUAACCUUGUAAUUAAUUAGGAGUGCAUAUAUAUUUAAUGUUUUAUGAGUUAAUUAUUCCUUGAAAGUACUCCUGAUGGUUUCUACAAUUUUCUUAAUACACCUACCAUCCGACUUACGACCGAGUUCGGUUCCGAGAAACCGGUCGCAAGUCGAAAUGGUCGUAAGUCGAACUUUACUACUGAAUAUCAACAAAACAUUUUUGUAAUGACUUUAUUUUAUUGUUUUAUUUUGGUAUUUCAUGUUUUACUUUACUCUUUAUGUUGUUAGUACUGUAUUUUGUACUGUAAGGUUUAGGAUAAACACUGUGUACAACACAAAUAGUUGUUUAUUUCCCAGAAAUUUGGCAUAAAAAACACGGUCGUAAGUCGAGUGGUCGUAAGUCGAACAGGUCGUAAGCCGGAUGGUAGGUGUAUUUACAUUAGUGAGAGCGUUUUACAAAUUCUAUGGUUAUACAUAUUAGCUUGCAAAUUCAUUUUUAUUAAUAUAUUAUUUUAUAUAUUGGUUUAUAGUAAUUGGUUGGUGGAAGAGUAGCUCCUCGCUCUAGUUAUUUUGUGUGUACACUGCCUACCAUCUUCCAUGUCAAGACUAGUCCACAAUUUAUGGAUGAACGAUUAAUCCUCCUCCAUCCCUUGUGCUCAUCAAUGGGUCUAGUACUUGGUGUAAUUUUUUACAGUAUGUUUUAAUUUUCUCCUAGGUAGUAGUUUGGUAGACAGGGAGGUACUGCCGUCCUGCUAAGUGAGUGUAAAACGGAAACCUGUAAUUGUUUUACAUGAUGGUAGGAUUGCUGGUGUCUUUUUUCUGUCUCAUGAACAUGCAAGAUUUUCAGGUACAUCUUGCUACUUCUACUUACACUUAGGUCACAUUACACAUACAUGUACAAGCUUUCUUCUUUUCUUUCAACAAACCGGCCGUAUCCCACCGAGGCAGGGUGCCCCCCCCCCCCCAAAAAAAAAAAAAAAAAAAAAAAAACGAAAGUUUCUCUUUUUAAAUGGGAGAAGGGGUUACUAGCCCCUUGCUCCUGGCAUUUUAGUCGCCUCUUACAAAACGCAUAGCUUAUGGAGGAAGAAUUCUGUUCCACUUUCCCAUGGAGAUAAUAGGAAAUAAACAAGAACAAGAACUAGUAAGAAAAUAGAAGAAAACCCAGAGGGGUGUGCAUAUAUAUGCUUGUACAUGUAUGUGUAGUGUGACCUAAGUGUAAGUAAAAGUAGCAAGACGCAUCUGAAACAUUGCAUGUUUAUGAGACAGAAAAAUGGACACCAGUAAUCCUACCAUCAUGUAAAACAAUUACAGGCUUUCGUUUUACACUCGGCAGGAUGGUAGUACCUCCCUGGGCGGUUGCUGUCUACCAACCUACUACCUAGAACAUGUACAAGCAUAUAUAUGUAUAUACAUACCCCUCUGGGUUUUCUUCUUUCUAGUUCUUGUUCUUGUUUAUUUCCUCUUAUCUCCAUGGGGAAGUGAAACAGAAUUCUUCCUCUGUAAGCCAUGCGUGUCGUAAGAAGCAACUAAAAUGCCGGGACCAAGGGGCUAGUAACCCCUUCUCUUGUAUAUAUUACUAAAUUUGAAAGGAGAAACUUUCGUUUUUCCUUUUGGGCCACCCCACCUCGGUGGGAUACGGCUGGCACGCUGAAAGAUGAUGAUGAAGUUUAAUUUUGUACAUAAGAGCAUUUGUCGGUACGUUACAUUUUCUUCUGUUUCUCUCUCAAUAGUUGCUGUUUGAUGCUCUUUAUUUAUUUUUAAUGUGCCUUUGCCUUUUCUUUUCUUUUCUCUUUUUUUAUGAACACAUCGGCCAUUUCCCACCAAGGCAGGUGUUAAUUUAAGCAGAGGCAUUCCUCAGUCUUAUCACUCAGUUGUUGUUCAUUAUAAAGUAGCGACAAUUACUACUAUUAAAUAAGAUAAUCGGAACAUUAUAUGGAACUAUUUGCAGUUAGUGGGAGAGCCAGUAUGUUGAAAAAAAAAAACGUUUAAAGGUACUUCCCACCUUGAUUUCUUUUAAACACAAAGACCCGCUCUUCAUGUUUCUUUCCCUCUGCUGUCAACACUACAAUGUUAUUUGUUGCUUGUGACCCACAUGUGUUUGACUUAAUAAUAAUACUUUUCAAAUGGCUUGAAUCCCAAGGAAUAUGAAAUAUCUGCAGAAUAUUUUUCAUUUGGCUGCCUUUUCAAAAAUAUAAUUUCUAGAGACACUUACGAUAUUUUUAGAUAUAAAAUGGAAAAUUGUACAUAUAAAUUUUAAAUCUUCAGACUCUCUGAUUACUGAGAAGUUUCUUGAAUAGAUGUUUAUGAAGGAAGACACUUUACCAUUCAUGUUCACUCAUUUUAAGUGUGUGAUUCCCAUUAAUAAUUAAACUUAUAAAUACCAUAACUCACAUCUGUCUUAGUUCAUAAAUCAGCCAUGUAGGCAAAUUGAUUUACAUAACUUACAAAGGCAUUAAUAUACAAUUAUUUAUAGCCUGCUGAUGGAAUAACAAAAAAAUCUGUACAACCCUAGGUAAUAAAUUACCAGGAAUAAAUGAUGUAUGUACUAGUGUAUCAUAAAGUUAAUAAAUAUUUUAGAUUUUUUUUCAUAACUGUACGUGUAAUAGAAAUUUGUGCCAAAAAAUUUUCUUGGCUUCCAAAAAGUAAAAUGAAUUAAUGAGAUUUUUUCCGGGUCUUUGUAAUAACAUUUUUUGAUUAAAUAUUAUUUUGUGUAGA